CGUUGUACACCGGAUAUGACGUUACCGGCGUGCCCACUGGCCGCCUUCCUGAUCAGAAACAUGGCGCCGAUGUUGGUCUCUCUAAAAUGCGGAUUUUACUUUCAAAGACGAAAAUUGGCGUGUAUUCUUCGACAAACUAGCUCAUAUCAUGUCUGGAAUAGAAGUCGAAAUGAAAACAGCGGGGAUCAUAAACAUCAACAUACAUAUCUAUUGGGUGCCACUAACCAAAGAACAGCAGCAUGCAGUUCAAACAGAUGUGGAAACAGUCGGCAGAUCUUGGAGGCAGCCAGGCAUUUGCAAAAAAUAGACAAAAGAUCAUGCUGGCAUGGACAUGCAGGAGGAGGGUUGAGUGCAGACCCAAAGAAUGUGCUGAAGGAGGUAAAUUCAGCAACAAUUCUAUCUGCAAUGCUGUCAUAUGUGUGGCCAAAAGAUAGACCAGACCUAAGGGCACGUGUUGCAAUCUCACUGAGUCUUCUUGCUGGAGCUAAGCUCACCAAUGUGAUGGUGCCCUUCAUGUUUAAGUAUGCAGUGGACGAGCUAAACCAGAUGUCGGGACACAUGCUGAACCUGAAUGACGCGCCAAGCACGGUGGCUACCAUGGCAACGGCCGUGCUGAUUGGCUAUGGUGCGUCACGGGCCUGUGCGGCCCUCUUCAAUGAGCUGAGGAACACUGUGUUCGGCAAAGUGGCCCAGAGCUCAAUCCGCAGAAUUGCUAAGAACGUCUUCCUUCACCUGCACAAUCUCGACCUUGGUUUUCAUCUGAGCCGCCAGACGGGUGCGCUGUCCAAAGCCAUCGACCGUGGCACGAGGGGCAUCUCCUUUGUCCUCAGCGCUCUGGUCUUUAAUUUAGGACCUACAGUGUUUGAGAUGGGUCUCGUCAGUGCCAUUCUUUAUUACAAAUGUGGUGGACAGUUUGCUGCAGUAGCCUUGGGGACUUUAUCAGCGUACACUUUGUUCACUAUUCUCGUCACCCAGUGGAGGACAAGAUUCCGUAUAGAAAUGAACAAAGCAGACAAUGAUGCUGGAAAUGCUGCAAUUGACUCCCUUCUUAACUAUGAGACUGUCAAGUACUUCAACAAUGAGAAGUAUGAGGCUGAAAGGUACGAUGCAUUCCUAAAGAUCUACGAGUCAUCUUCUCUGAAAACCACGUCGACAUUGGCCAUGCUCAACUUUGGCCAAAGCGCCAUCUUCAGUGUCGGCCUCACUGCCAUUAUGUUGUUAGCCAGCAAAGGCAUUACUGCAGGCUCAAUGACAGUGGGAGACCUGGUAAUGGUGAAUGGCCUCCUCUUCCAGCUCUCUCUCCCGCUCAACUUCCUGGGAACAGUUUAUAGAGAGACGAGGCAGGCGCUAAUAGACAUGAACACGCUCUUCACUCUGCUCAGCGUUGACACCAAGAUCAAGGAGAAGGAUCUUGCCCCUGCCUUAGCCAUCACACCACAGGAGGCCACCAUUCGCUUUGAGGAUGUCUACUUUGAAUAUUUGGAGGGCCAAAAAGUGUUAAACGGAGUGACUUUUGAUGUGCCUGCUGGAAAAAAGGUGGCUAUAGUUGGCGGCAGUGGGUCAGGGAAGAGCACCAUUGUGCGGCUGCUGUUCCGCUUCUAUGAGCCACAGCAGGGGAACAUCUACAUCGCAGGGCAGAAUAUCCGAGAAGUCAGCCUUGACAGUUUGAGGAAAACUCUGGGGGUUGUACCUCAGGAUGCCGUGCUCUUCCACAACACCAUCUUCUACAACCUGCAGUAUGGGAACAUCAACGCCACAGCGGAGGAUGUGUACUACGUCGCACGUCUCGCAGGCCUCCACGACGCUGUUCUCAAGAUGCCCCAUGGCUAUGACACCCAGGUUGGGGAGCGGGGCCUGAAGCUGUCAGGAGGAGAGAAGCAACGUGUUGCCAUUGCUCGUGCCAUAUUAAAAAAUCCACCCAUUCUCUUGUAUGAUGAAGCCACCUCAUCCCUUGACUCCAUAACUGAAGAGAACAUUCUGACUUCCAUGAAGGCAAUGGUAAAGGACAGAACCUCAGUGUUCAUUGCCCACAGACUUUCCACCAUUGUAGAUGCAGAUGAGAUCAUCGUGCUCAGUCAGGGUAAAGUGGCAGAGAGAGGCACCCACCAGGCCCUCCUCAGUACACCCAACAGUUUGUAUGCAGACUUGUGGAACACUCAAAACAGCAAAAUUCUGAACAGCAGCCAGAGCAGCCCAGAGGCACCAGCAGAGCGCUUGUCCCAAAAGGAAGAGGAGAGGAAGAAGCUGCAGGAGGAGAUCCUGAACAGUGUGAAGGGCUGUGGGAACUGUUCCUGCUGAGGGCCUCAUUCAGACUCUACUGGAAUACAGCUCUGUAUCACCUGCUCAAUAUCACCUACUCUGUGGGAGGUGGGGACAACUUCCACCCAAGUCUUCUGCUGUUUGUUAUGGGCACCACUCAAUAGAAAGAGUGAGGACCAGAACUGGAAGUCUGUGUUUAGUACUGGCUGCUGUCCAGAGAUGAAACUUGAAUGUCAGUUUCCUCAGCUGAAGCGAUGUAUAAAGAGACCUGUAUAUCACAUAUGUGUAAGACAUCUGCUGUCAACAUGGCUGCCCUGCAUUUUUACAUCAGGUUUCUAACAAAACAAAUACAAUGUUAUGUAAUGAUAUUCUUGUCUGGACAUGGACACAAUUCAUAUAUUAUAUAUUUUAUAGUUAAUUUAUUUUCAAUACAUAGGUAUGCCUUUUUUAUAUACAGCUACUCAUUGUAGUGCUUGUAAUAGAUUUUGGCCAUCAGGAAAUUAUUUUUCAAUAUUUGCCAAAGCUGAAGUUUUUUCACUAUUGAUUAUUAAAAAUGUGAACGUCUUCUUUCAUGAGACAUGAAGUAAACACAUUUACAUAAGAUUAUACAUGCAUUGUUUACAAUAAACAAAAGUCCCCAAACAAAUCAUUAAUGGGUAGAAAACUACAACUUGAAACCCUUCCCUGGAAUAUUUUUGCUUUAUAUCUUUUAACCCUGAAUGUAGGUGACUGAUGAAAACAUGGCAUUUUUAACAGUUUUGUCUAUGCCAAUAUGUACACUUCUUUAUGAAGGUUCAAUGUAUUUUGUCCUUAUUUCUGAGGGCACUGUGGUUUGUGCACCUUUUGGUAAUAGACUGGUAAUAAUAAUGAUAAAAGUUCUAUUGACACUAUGUACAGCUUUUAUUGUUUUGAUUUGUCUACCGUGUGAACUCAUUUUGAACUAAUAAAUAAAAAUAAACUGUUUCAAAA